AUGCGGAUGCCCCGGCCGCGCCCCGGCGUGAUCCUCGUCCUGGCUAUGGCUGCCAUCUCCCUGCUACUCCUGUCUCACGUGUCGCCGCCCGGCUGCCCCGCCCUGGAGAGGCCCGCGGAGCCCCAGGAAGUCGCCACGUGGCCCCCGAACCCUCAGCGCGCGGCCUCCGCCCCAUGCCUGGCCAACCUAUCGGUGGCCGAGCACCCGGACUUCAGCGUGCUGCCCGCGCACGUGCGCGACUUCCUACUGUACCGACACUGCCGCGACUUCCCGCUGCUGCGGGAGCCGCCGGCCGCCAAAUGCGCAGGGCCCGUGUUCCUGCUGCUCGCCAUCAAGUCGUCGCCGGCCAACUAUGGUCGCCGCCAGGUGCUGCGCCGCACGUGGGCGCAGGAGCGGCAGGUGCACGGGGCGCCGCUGCGCCGCCUCUUCCUCGUGGGCAGCGACCGCGACCCGCGAGAGGCGCGCAAAUUCAGCCGGCUGCUGGAGCUGGAGGCGCGGGCGUACGGCGACAUCGUGCAGUGGGACUUCCACGACUCCUUCUUCAACCUCACGCUUAAGCAGGUCCUCUUCCUGGAGUGGCAGCAGACUCGCUGCCCCGACGCCAGCUUCGUGCUCAACGGGGACGACGACGUCUUUGCGAACACGGACAACAUGGUCACCUACCUGCAGGGCCAAGACCCGGACCGCCACCUCUUCGUGGGCCACCUGAUCCAGAACGUGGGCCCUAUCCGCUUGCCCUGGAGCAAGUACUUCGUGCCCAAGCUAGUGACCCCGGACGAGAGCUACCCGCCCUACUGCGGCGGCGGCGGCUUCCUGCUGUCGCGCUUCACGGCGGUCGCGCUGUUUCGCGCAGCGCGAGACCUCCCGAUCUUCCCCAUCGACGACGUGUUCCUGGGCAUGUGUCUGCAGCAGCAGGGCCUGGAGCCCGCUUCGCACGACGGGGUGCGCACGGCGGGGGUGCGCGCCCCCAGUCCUCGCCUGUCCUCCUUCGACCCCUGCUUCUACCGGGGGCUGCUCCUCGUGCACCGCUUCCUGCCCUUCGAGACGCUGCUGAUGUGGGACGCGCUGAGCCAGCCCCAGCUCUCCUGCGGCAAGCAGAGUGCGGUCUCCUGA